CAACAGCCUUUAAGAGGCUCACAUUUGUGGGUUUGUGAUAUUGUUCUCUGAGUUUCACUCCAAAUUGGAAGUGUUGUAUCAUUUAUUCUGAAGAUGAAGUUUGAAAAUGUGCUGGCAGAGGUGAAUGGCUUUGGGAGAUUUCAAUUAAGGACAAUCCUCUUGUCUGUAAUUCCUCGUGUGACUUUGCCUUUUCACUUUCUGCUGAAUAAUUUCAUCGCCGUUAUUCCAUGCCACCACUGCAACAUCAGCUCACUGGAUGACGGAGGUGUUUUUAGGAAUUUGUCCCAGGCAGAGAAGCUUGUUGUUAGUAUUCCACUCCAGGCAGAUGGCACUCCAAACUCCUGUCAGAUGUUUGCAGAGCCUCAAUAUCAUCUGCUGCUCAACUCAUCCAACAUGACUGACCUACCCACAGUGCCAUGUCAGAAUGGAUGGGUGUACGAUAACAGCACCUUCAAGUCUUCACUGGCCACAGAGUGGGAUCUGGUUUGUGAUAAGAGAAGAGUGAACCGAGCCACGGCCACUAUCUUCUUCAUGGGGGUCAUGCUUGGAGCAGCAGUAUUUGGCUAUCUUAGUGACAGGUUUGGCAGGAAAAUAACACUUCUUGUGUCCUAUGUGACAACCACCUUCUUUGGAUUUGCAAGCGCUUUCUCAUAUAAUUUCGCCAUGUUUGCCGUCAUGAGGUUCUUUACUGGAUUUGGACUUUCUGGAAUAAGCAUUAUCACCAUAGUGCUUUGUAUUGAAUGGGUGGAUAUCAAGCAUCGAACCGCAGUAGGUGUUUUAACAAGCAUGGACUGGAGUGUUUGUACUGCUCUGCUACCUGUUGUGGCCUAUUUUGUGAAUGACUGGAGGUACCUCACAGCCACAGCUACCACCCCGCUGUUUCUGGCAAUGAUCUGCUGGUGGUGGCUCCCUGAGUCUGCCAGAUGGCUGAUAAGUAAUGGAAAGGUCAACAGUGCUCAUUUCUACUUGAGCAAGUGUGCAAAAGUCAACGGCAGAGAGCAGUUCAUGGCUGACAUAAAGCCUGAGACUCUGUCCAAAGUAAUACUUGUAGAAAAUGAAAACAGAAAAUAUUCCUAUUUGGACCUUGUGAGGACCCCCAAAAUGAGGAGACUGGCUCUACUUACUGGCAUUGUUUGGUUUGGAGUGGCCUGUACGUAUUACGGAAUCAGCUUGAAUGUCACUGGAUUUGGUGUGAACAUUUAUCUCACACAGUUCAUCUACGGCGCAAUUGAACUUCCGGCAAAAGCAUUUGUCUUUUUCACUUUGAACAAAAUAGGCCGAAGGUUGAGUCAGACUGGAACACUCGUUAUGACUGGACUGUGUAUAUUCUGCAACAUGUUUGUCCCUCGAGAUAACGCGUUGUUUCAGACAACUGUGGGAGCUUUGGGCAAGAUGUUCGCAGAGGCAUCUUUUACAACUGUAUUUCUGUACACAACAGAGCUUUACCCCACAGUAAUGAGGCAAAAUGGAUUGGGUUACUGCUCCUUUAUGGCCCGUGUAGGCGUGUCUGUUUCCCCUCUGAUUAUGCUUCUUGAAGAAGUGUGGGGCCAUUUACCGAGUACUAUCUUCUCCCUGGUGGCUGUUGCUGCAGGGCUGUCAGCUUCUCUUCUUCCUGAGACAAAAAACAUCCGUCUACCAGAGACUAUUGAGGAUGUGGAACACACAAGAAGAAGAUCAAUCUCCACCUCUGACGAGAAAUCUUCAUCGGCCGCUUCACACUGCCCUGCCACUCUGACCUCACGGUGGGACCUGGUGUGUGAUAGAAGAGGGGAGAACAAAGCAACUGCUACCAUCUUCUUUGUUGGAGUGAUGUUUGGAGCCGUGUCCUUUGGAAGUCUGAGUGACAGGUUUGGCCGAAGGAUCAUGCUGCUGUUGUCAUAUGUGUCUGGAAUGUUCUUUGCUGUUGCAGGUGCUUUUUCUACAUCCUACGUGAUGUUCUGCGUGCUGAGGUUCUUCACUGGGUUUUGCAUCACCGGCAUCAUCAUUGUCUCAACAGUCCUCAGUGUGGAGUGGGUGGACAUUGAGCACAGGAAAUUGGUUGGAGUGAUCGACAGCUUAUCCUGGACAUUUGGGAACACAAUAUUUGCAGCUAUUGCUUACUUUGUGACUGAUUGACGGUGGCUAAUUGUCAGUGUCAGCUCACCUUUAACCUUGGCCAUCAUCACCUGGAGGUGGAUGCCAGAGUCAGCAAGGUGGCUCAUUGCCAAUGGAAAGCUGGAGCAAGCUCAGAAGUAUUUGAAAAUAUGUGCCAAGAUUAACAGAACAGAGGAGUUCAUUCACACGCUUAAAACAGAGACACUGUCCACUAUUGUUGUGACUGAGAAAAGAGAUCGGCCCUAUUCGUACCUCGAUCUGAUAAGAACAGCCAAAAUGAGGAAACUGGCCCUAUGCACUGGUAUAGUGUGGUUUUGUGUGGCAACUGCGUUUUAUGGCAUCAGCUUCAACAUCACAGGCUUUGGGCUCAACAUCUACCUCACUCAGUUUACCUAUGCUUUCAUUGAGCUCCCAGCCAAAGUAUCAGUUUACUACUUACUGGAUAAGAUAGGCAGGCGAGGAACUGAGGUGGGAGCUCUGCUGAUGGUUGGCGUCUGUCUUGGAAUCAAUAUAGUAAUACCUAAAGAUAUGUCUGUUGUCAGAACAGUGGUGGCUGUCAUUGGAAAAGGGUUCUCCUCUGCAUCAUUUGCAACUCUUGUGCUCUACAGUUCUGAGCUCUAUCCCACUGUAGUAAGGCAGAAUGGUAUGGGUUACAACUCUUUCAUGGCUCGAACUGGUGUAGCUGUGGCUCCUUUGAUUCUCUUACUGGAUGAGGUGUGGAAGGACCUGCCCCAGGUCGUCCUGUGCUCUGUGGCCGUACUGGGGGGAGUAGUGGCAAGAACACUAUCAGAGACACGCAACAGGUGCCUGCCAGAGACCAUAGAGGAUAUUGAACAACAGUUGUAGUGAACCCGUC